AUGAUAUUCGAAAUAGGUGAAAUAUUUACAGUUUAAGAAUCAUUAAAAGAUGAGAAAAUAGCUAAAAAUUUAGAUUUAGAUGUUGGUUCUUUAAAUGAUUUUCUUGAUUUGAGAUCUACUGAUCCAAAUCCUCGUUUACCUAAUAGAAGAUUAGAUCGUAAAGCAUAAAAAAGAUAAGAUCAAAUUCCAAAGAAGUUUGAAUAAGCAAAAGAAGAAAAAGAAACAGUUAAAGCAUCAGAAAUAAUAUCAAAUAUUAUUAAAGAUGUAUUUAAAAUGGACAUUAAUGAAUUUGAACAAAUGAAUUCACCUGAAAAACUGAAUAAAGAAUAUAAAUUUUAAGAAAUUGACCCUGAAAAAAGGAAAUAUUUAAGAAUGAAAAUACCUUUAACUAAAAGAUAAGAAUAAUUUGAAUAGGAGUUAUUAAAUGUUAAAUCUGAUUUAAAGUUAAAAAUAUAAGAAAUUCGUAUGCCUUAAUAAAAAAAUGUUGGAAACAAUUCUUAAAAAGAUGAUAAUACUUUCAGUAGACCUAAUUCUUAAAAGAUUAAAUAAAAUUCUAGUUCUAAUAAAUAAUUCUUUAAUUCAACCAAUGAGGUAGAUGCUAUUGAUUCUCAUAUUUGGUUAUAAAGUAGAUUAGAAAGAAUAUUAAAAUUAAAUUCACAUAAUCUAGACACUUAGAAAGCAUGGAAAGAAUAUUGGAGCAACAUUAAUUAUUCUGAAUUUAAGACAUUUUAAGAAUAUUAAUAAUAACAUAAGAAACCUCAACUUGCAUCAGAUUUAGUGACUAUCAAUUAUGGUGGAGAAAAAGCUACUAAAUAUUAAAAGAAUGAUAAUGAAAUCUCUGUAAAUAUCAAGAAUUAAUCAUCACUUACAAUAAAAAAUAAAUAAAUAACUAAUGAACAUAUUCUCUAUUUAGUUAUGAUUGAACCUCCUUUAAUAAAUUUAUUAAGAGUAGAAUUAAUAAAAACUUAAUUAAAUGAAACUGCAUUUAAAUUAUUAACUACUUUAUUGAGUGAAUGCAAAAGAUUAGAGUAUUUAAAUAUAUCUAGUAAUAAAUAUCCUAGAAAUCAAACUAUUAAGAUAUUAUUAUUAGAUUUAUAGAAUCUUAAAAUAUUGAAAAUGUCAGAUAUGAUGAUUUCAACAAAGUAUUUCUUGGAUCUUUGUGAAGUGUUAGUUUAAACUAAUAUUUAAGAGUUAGAUCUUAGUAAUAAUUUAUUAGAUCAUCAUGCUUAUGAUGCAUUAAUCACUUUAAUAAAAUACUUACCUUCAUUAACAUAAAUGGAUUUCUAAUAAAAUGAUAUUCUAUAGAGUACAAAUUUACCAUUACAAAAGAAAUAAUAAUCUUGGGAGUACUUAGAGAAAGUUAAAUUGAGUUAUUAAAGGAGAGUAAAUAUUGUAUUAUGAUAAUUAAUAUUAAAUUUUAUGUUCUUUACAUAAACUAAAUUUCAUAAAUUGAGUUCUUAGAAAGAAUUAUUGGCUAAGAUAUAAGAGUUCGAAAUCAAUAUCAAUUUUGAUUCUCCAAGAACUUAGAAAGCAUUGUUAAAAAUGAAUAAAACUAAAUAUGACUUUAGAAGGAAGUAUAUGAUAGUAUUCACAUUUAAGGAAUAAGUUUGAAAAACAUAAUGAGUUAGAAUAUAGAAAUAAAAGAAAUAAUAAAUCUUUGGAUUAGUAAUCACUUGAUUUUGAAUAUGAGACAUAUUUAGAAUAAUUAUUAAGUAAUUUCCAUUAUUGACAAUUAGAUGAUUAUAUGGAACUGAAAGAGUAAAGAAAAUAAAUAAAAGAAUGGUUUUAAAAAAAAUAGUAAGAAGAAGAUGAAUUACGUGGUUAUGAACAUAUACCAUUUAAUAGUGUACAUUCAACAAGUAGAUUUCCAUGUUAAACUAUAACAAUCGAAGAUAAAAUUGGCAAAAUAAAUUAGGAAAGAUAAAGAUAAUUAAGUUUAAACAAUAUUGAAGUGAAAGAAGCUUUAUUGUUUGAAUUAGAUAGAAGAUAGUGGGAAUAAACAUCUUUAGAGAGAAGACAAAAAAAUGCAUAAAUGAGAUCAGCCAAAAUUAUGGAGAUUAAAAUGAAAGCAUAAGAAUAAAAUAAGAAGGCUAAAAAGAAAUGUGAAACAUAAAAAAAAAUGAAAGAAGAAUAAAUAGAAGAAGAUUUAGCUAAGGCAAAAGAAUUUUAAGAAAAAUUGAAUUAAAAGUAUUUUUAAUAUUUUAUAUUAGAGAUAAUGAAAUAGCAAAUAAAAAAUCAACAAUAAUUAUGGAAAAAAUAGAAAGAAAUAAAAAAUUAGAAGAGAAAAUAUUAUUUAGAAAGUCAUUAUUAAAACAUGAAUAAUCUGAAACUUAACUUUAGAAUAUUAGAAAAGAAACCUAAACUGAAGAAAAUAGAAUAAAAUCAGUAGAAAGAUAAGCAAAAGAUAGAUAAGAUAAACAAUGGAGAUAUGAAUAAUAAUUAAUGAGAAUACAUGAAAAAAGUGCAUUAUCUAAAGCUAUUUGGGAAUCUGAAUUAUGUAAUAAUUUUGGAUAAAAAAUGAUAUCUAUUGAAGAAUAAAAAAAGAAGAAUGAAGAUCUUAUAAAGAAAGAAGCAAAUAAAAUGUCUAAGGAAAGAAAAGAUAAAUUAAAGAAACAUUAAUAAAAUCUAGAAUCAGUUUAAGAAGAAGAAAAGUACAUUUAACAAAUAUUUAGAAUAGACAAUGGUAAUUAAAAUUAUAAGAGAAAUUGUAAAAUAAAGAUGAAGUUUCUAAGAAACUGAGAAUGAGCAAAUUAGAAGAAAUCAAAUAAUUAAGAGAAUAAAAUGUUUAAAAUUAAAGAGAAUAAUUGUAAAAAAUAGAGUUGAGAAGAAGAAAAUAAGUAUAUUUAAUUAAUUAUCAUAAGUUUAGUUAAUAAGAUUUAUUGUUGGAACGAUCUUUAAAUGCUUAAAAGAAAUUAGAAUAAUAAAAAAAUGAGUAAGAAAAAGUGUUAUUUUAUUUGUUGACUUCAAAAUAGAAGGUAGAAUCAGAAAUUAGUAAUAGGUAAUCAAAAUUAAAAUUGAUACAUUAAUAAUCAUCUAUUUAACUAUUAGAGUAAUAAUAAAUCUUAUUAUUAAAUAGAUAAUUAAAAGACCUUGUACCAGAAACAGAAUUCAUUGAAUUACAGAAGUAAUAUAAAAUAACUAAAAAGCCUCAAACUGCAAAUCCAUAAACUAUGA